CCCCACUCCCACUAGAGCACCUCUAGCUAGUGCUAUAAAUACAGUGUGUGUAUUCAAUUGUUUCCAUCAUUUCUAUCACUACUCCAUUAGCUUUUACAUUCCAACUUUCCCUAUUUGAAGAGAGAGAGAGAUCUAGAGAGAGAAAGAGAGAGAGAUCUAGAGAGAGAGAGAGAGAUGGCUCAGACAACACCGAACCACACACAGACGGUUUCCGGCUGGGCAGCUCACGACACUUCCGGCAACAUUACUCCUUACACCUUCAAACGCAGAGAAAACGGGGUCGAUGACGUCACCAUAAAAAUCCUGUACUGCGGGAUCUGCCACACCGAUCUCCACCAGGCCAAAAACGAUUGGGGAAUCACCAUGUACCCCGUAGUUCCCGGGCACGAAAUCGUCGGGAUAAUAACGAAAGUGGGGAGCAACGUGAAGAAUUUCACGGUGGGAGAUCGCGCCGGAGUUGGGUGCUUGGCCGCCACCUGCUUGAAAUGCGAGCACUGCAUACAAGGACAAGAGAAUUACUGCGACGCCGUUCAGUUCGUGUAUAACGGCGUUUUCUGGGACGGCAGCAUCACUUACGGCGGCUAUUCUGAAUCCCUAGUUGCAGAUCACAGGUAUGUGGUACGAGUUCCGGAGAAUUUACCGAUGGAUGCGGCGGCGCCGCUGCUCUGUGCCGGAAUAACGGUGUUUGCUCCGAUGAAGGACAACAACUUGUUGGAUUCGCCGGGAAAGAGGAUCGGGAUAGUUGGGCUUGGAGGAUUGGGACACGUGGCGGUCAAAUUCGCGAAGGCGUUUGGGCACCACGUCACCAUUAUUAGCACCUCUCCAUCUAAAGAGAAGGAAGCCAAGGAUAAUUUGGGGGCUGAUGAUUUUAUUCUCAGCACUGAUCCUAAACAAAUGCUGUUGAAGAAAAGGAAUCUGGAUUUUAUAUUGGAUACAGUAUCGGCCCAUCACUCUCUUGGGCCUAUUCUCGAGCUGUUGAAAGUCAACGGUACUCUGGUGAUUGUCGGUGCGCCGGAUAAACCCAUAGACCUCCCAUCUUUCCCGUUGAUCUUUGGGAAGAGAGUUGUGAAGGGGAGUAUGAUUGGAAGCAUAAAGGAGACGCAGGAUAUGAUGGAUUUGUGUGGGAAGCACAACAUAACAUGCGAUAUUGAGGUUGUUAAACCCGAUAAAAUUAACGAAGCGCUUCUUCGUCUCGCGAAAAACGACGUUAAGUACCGUUUUGUGAUCGACAUUGCAGGCGAAUCUUCAAAGCUCUAGAAAACUUCAGAUGAUUUUUAAUUUAUUGCUCCUAUUGUCUACAUUGAGUUAUAAGUAAUGUUGUAACAUUUGUGUAAUAUCUUGUUUAUUUGUACUCUCUGAUUAUGUACUUUUGAUCAUAUUAUUAUUAAUAAGCUUUAAAUUAUAUUUGA